AUGGUCAAAAGUAAAUAUGAAGUUUUAUCCACAUUAAUUAAAUCCAAACUAAGUCUUGUUGAUCACUUAACCUCGGAUAUUUGGACUGACACACUAAAUACAACAAGUUUUUUGGGCAUGACUGUGCAUUUCUUAAGUUUAAAUAAAGUUGUUCUUGACAGUGUCACAAUUGGCGUGUUGGAGCUGUCUGUUAGCCAUAAAGCUGAGAAUAUUUCCACUUGGUUCGAAUAUCUUCUUGUUCAGUGGGGUAUUAAAAAAAGCCAGAUUUUCACAGUCGUCACCGAUAAUGGGUCAAAUAUAUUAUCUGCCGUAAACAAAACUUUUACCCCCGAAAAAUAUUUGCCAUGUUUUGCCCACACUCUCAAUUUGGUUUCAGAAAGGGCACUAACAAAUCUUACUGAUGUAAAUAACGUUAUAAACAAAAUUAAAAGUAUCGUAACUUCUUUCAAACAAUCGGUAGCGGCUUCCGACGAACUUAGAAAAUUGUGCGAUUUCAAACUGAAACAAUCUGUACCAACACGUUGGAACUCAAUUUAUUUUAUGAUGGAUAGAUUCAUUUUAUGUUCUAACCACAUAGCUUCAGUACUAAUAAAUAUUCGCCGGGGCCCCGAAAUGUUGACAGCUGAUGAGAUCGAUAUAACUAAGGAAAUGUUGUUAGUGUUAAAGCCGAUGGAGGUGGCAACAAGGGAACUAUGUGGUCAAAAAUAUGUUACUGGCAGCACAGUUAUACCCUUAAUUAACUGCCUUAUUAAAAAAACCGAGAGUAUUGAUCUAACCCAUCCUACAGCUUUGACCUUAAAGAGAGCUAUGUUGGAUAAUUUGAAUUACAGGUUCGGUAGGAUGGAGGAGAGAAGUCUACUUAGCAUUUCCACUAUAUUAGAUCCUAGGUUCAAAACUAUUCAUUUAAAUAAUGCAUUAGCCAGUUCAAGAGCUAUUAAAUUUAUUAAAAAUCAAAUUAAUGAAAUUAAAAGUAAAUGUGAUGAACCUAGCUCCUCAAACCAAGGCUCUAGUGAUGAUGAUGGUGAACGUAGUGAUAGUUGUGGUCAGUUCACAAUGAGCUGGUUACAAAAAAAAAAAGCUGCAUCACAAAGUUCAGAACAGUCUGAAGAGCGAAUUCUACCGAACUUAAACAUGGCAAACUUGGCAUUAUUUAAGCCAACCCACAAUACCAUUAGGUGA